GGAGUGAAGGGAGGACCCACCUACCCUUUCACAUUCAUCAUACUUCUUCAUCAAUCUCUUUUAAUCUUGUGCACCACCCCAACCAAGGAUUGUCCUUUAGCUUGUUUCCAUUGUUUUUGUAGAUCUUGAGGUGUUGGGGUGGGCCUAAACUGUUUCAGUUUCAACUAGCUAUAGAUCUAUUCUAUUCUAGCUAGACACACAUUAUUUCCACAGGAUUUUUUUGUUUUCACUUAUCUUCAUAUUUUUAUAUAGAUUCAUCUUCAACUGCUAUAUCUUUUUCAUUGCCAAUUCCAUUUCCAGGUGUUAUAAAACCUGAUAUCAGAUCUUGGGGCCCCCACUUGCAUUACUUUGCUGGGUUCAUCUCCCCCUAAGGACCAUUUCUACAGGUUCAUUCUGCAUUGAAUGACAGCUGUUUAGGUUGUUUGUACGGUUGUGUUGUGUCUUUAUUGAAAGGCAAUAGGAGAGAGAAUCGGUGUUAAGCUACUACAUAAGCUUUGUUUGUCAUCCAACAAUAUCCAUAACAGUGGUUCAAGGCAAUUUCCCAAGUUCAUUCGUGUGGUUUUGUCCACCUAAUUUAUUCUGAUCUAGCUUUGGUCUAGGAGGCCCACCAUUGGGUUUUGGUGGGCUUUCAUCAAACCAUAAAAAAAAAAAAAACCCAUCUUUAAAAGGUGUUUUGAAGGUUCCAAAUUGCUCUGGUGUUGGGGGAGAGGGUGUGUCAAUUGUGUCAAAUAAACCAUUGAUGUUCAAGAAUUGGCUUUAAGGCUCUUUCACAUACCCCCAAACUCAAAACUUGAUCCUUGAAAGACAUCCCAAUCUACUAAUGCUACUUUACUUUAUCACCUGUAUCUCCUUCUUGCUGUUUUUAAAGCCUCUCCUCAUUCUCAAACCACUCCCAUCAUGGGCAAGUGAGGCCAGGUUGAUCUCCCUUUUGUUUUGCAAAGAGUUGUCUGUAAAAUCCAUCUCCAAGUUGUUUAGGAAUCGCCUUUGGCUUGGUUUUCUUUGUCAAAUUCCCACAGGAAUGUCUCUUGUGAAGAAGAAUCUUACUUCAAAAGUAGAGAACAUUGAGGACACACAAGACAUGUCAGUGUUGGACUUGCCAGAGCUGGCAUUGGAAUGCAUUCUUGAAAAGCUCCCUCCUGCUUCACUUUGUCAAAUGGCUGGGGUUUGCCGUUCCUUGAGGGAGAGAUGUGUGAGUGAUCACCUUUGGGAGAGGCACAUGAAACAGAAAUGGGGUAGAGUUAUUGGUUCAGUUGCUUACAGGGAGUGGAAAUGGCAUGUUGCUUCCAAAAGCAAUAAUGUUGGCAAUCUUAGACAUGGCAAGCAAAGGAGCUUGUUUAGGUUUGUAUCCCUUCGUUGGCCUUUUUCAUGGAUGAGAAUGAAGGUUGAUGCAAAUAAUAGCGCAAAGCAAAGGAAUUAUUUGCCUGCUGAUUCCUUCAUGUCAUGUUAUCUUGCUCUUGAAACUGGCAACUUCUGGUUUCCUGCUCAGGUCUAUAACCGUGAGAAUGGCCAUGUUGGAUUUAUGUUAUCAUGCUAUGAUGCUGAGCUUAGCUAUGAUCCACGCACUGACACAUUCCAAGCCAGGUAUCCACCCCAUGGAAGAAGGCCAGUUGCAACAGAGCAUGGCAUCCAAUGGGAUAGGCUAAGAGCACCUCCUGUUGAUACUCCUCCACAUGAUCUUCAUAUCUCUGAUUGUCUAUAUGAUUUGCAUCCGGGUGAUCACAUAGAGAUUCAGUGGAGGAGAAACAAAGAAUUUCCUUAUGGUUGGUGGUAUGGUGUUGUAGGCCACUUGGAGCCAUGCGAUGGGAAUGAAAAUUACUGCCGCUGUCACAAUAGUGACACAGUGGUGCUAGAGUUCAAUCAGUAUACUCCUGACUCACGAUGGAGGAGGACAACUAUCAGUAGGAAAGAUCACAGGGAGGAAGGAAAUGAAGCUGAUGGAUUUUAUGGGGGAAUCAGAAAGAUUAAGAGUGAGAAUGAGAUUUCCAUUUGGAGAAACCUUUGGCCAACUGAAGUCUUGGACUAAUCAGACCAAAUUUUCCACGUAGACUUAUGUCAAACACUAGAGAAUGGGGUAUAGGAUUCUCAUCCAGCCAAAUGAACAUUGAGGCUGUCCUGUUUACUUUCCCCCCUUUUAUUAUCACAUUUUUUUCAUGUGAAAGUUUAGAGGCUUAUUCACGUGAUCUCAAUCAAUGUAAAUUACUCAUUUAUGCACUGAUGGCUAGUAUUCAUUUCACAAUAUAUAGAAUCUAUCUGAUAUUCUCAAAUUAGUAAGCUUUGUACAGUUUCCCUACCAAGGGAUGGAAGAUGUAGUUCAUUAUUUAUGUGCAAUC